AUGAUGAAAACGCGAAGGAAAUCGAAGGCUGCGGCUGCUGAACAGAGUAGCGAUGGCCCAGAAGCACCCCAAACGCUUCACAUCGUACUUCCAGAUGAUGUGGACGAAGAUACUCUGACAGAUUUAUUGCCUGACGUCAAUUUGACUGCCUUGUCGACUGAAGAUGUUGUAAAUCUAUACCGCGCGCUCAUCACACAAGCUGUCAACCUCGAUGCCACCGAACGGGAGCGCGAUGAAGUUAAAGCUGACUUGGAGAGGAAGGAUGUUGAAUUGGAUCAGGCCUUGCAAGACAAGGAGAGUUCCAGUAAAGACUUGGAGUCGACAGUCGAAAAGAUUCAGGAGGAACUUGAGAAGUCCCAGGCGGAGCGUUCUAAGCUGGCUGAGGAAAAGAUGGAAUUGGAAAGCCAACUGACCAGAUUGUCUACCUCUCAAUCAUCAUCCUCAACCGAGGUUGAAAAUCUCAAACGACGAGUAGACGAUACUGAGAGAGAGAAACGCGAAUUAGUGGGAGUGAUCAGCCGCUUGAAGGACGAAGGUUCGCAAAGAGAUGAGGAGAUACAAGCUCUUCGAGCUAAUCUCAAGGAAGCGCGGCAAGAACAUCAGUUUUUGGAGGGGCAAGUUCGCGAAUUGCGGUCUACGGAGACAGCGACUAAGUUCAAGAUCGAUUCCCUCACCCAGCAGCUUCAACUGGCGCAAGCAGAAGCCGAACGAGCUAACAAUGAACUGACUGCCAAAUCCGAGGAAUUUGCUAAGUACAGACGAUCUAAACACGCAGAAAUCGCGACACUCCAAGCCUCGUAUGACUCUGCUACUCAAUCCCAAUCGUCUUUGGAAGCGUCGUUUAAGGCACUACAAUCUUCGCAUACUAGUCAGGGACACCAACUUUCGCAGGCAUUAAAUAAGGUCCAAACAUUGACAGGGCAGUUGGCUGAACAAGAAGCCCGAUAUUCCAAUGAGGCCGAUGGACUAAAACGCCUUGUAUCGAUGAUGGAGGAACGGGAAAAACAGGCGAAAGACAUCGUAGAAAGCAUUGAGCGCGAAUGGGCGACAGUUGGUGAAAAGGCCGAGAAGCGAGAAUUCAAGCUUAGGGAAGAGAUUGAAAGGGAAAAGAGGCGCCGAGAGGAAGCUGAGAAACGACUUGAAGAACUGGAAGGCGUUUUGGAGAGAAUUGGUCGAGGAGAGCUACCUACUCCUGGCAGAACUGUCCCUUCCCCGCCUUUCAGAACACCUGGGACCGCAGACAUGAGCAUUGACGGCAUCAUGGGUCUCAGUCCUACAGUGGCCAUGGCCAGCAGGUCACAGCGUAGCGGAAAGACUUUCACUGAAGUCUACGCCGACUAUGUGCGUCUACAAGAAGAAUAUGCAAAGAAGUGUGCUGAAAAUGACCACAUGGAUCGUACACUGUCUGCAGUUCUUGCUCAGAUAGAGGAGCGGGCACCUAUCCUUUCUCAACAACGCAUUGAAUACGAACGCCUCCAGGUCGAAGCAUCACAAUUGGGAUCUCAACUUUCUCAGGCAAUUGCAGACCGGGACUCGCAGGCAAAUCUUGCCCAGGAGCAGACCCAGAAAUUGAACAAGCUCACCCGCGAAAACCAGUUGUUUGAAAAGCAACUUGAAGAUCUCGGUCGACAAGUCCAGGCUCUUACUCGUGAACUUACGCGUCGCGACGACCCUACGAUACCUCCAGACGACUACAUUGAAAAUCUUCCUCCUUCUAGUGAAUCUGAUACCCAGACGCUCAUUACGGAAAACCUUGUGGUCUUCCGAUCUAUAUCCCAAUUACAGACGCAAAAUCAGCGUCUCUUACGGAUUGUGAGGGAUUUGGGAGAGAAAUUGGAAAGCGAGGAAAGGGAUUAUCGUGAGGCCAUGGAGAAGGAACAGGCAGAAGCCAUUCGCGAAGCCCAUGAAGCUAUGCAAGACUUAGCUGCUCAAUUGGAACGGCAAAAGCAGAGCAGUGAAGGAAUUAUCCAAGCCUACGUCAAGGAACGAGAUACCCUUAAAGCUAUGCUUGCUAGGCAAGAGAAAAUGACGGGUUCGAGCACUCUGGCCAUCACCAACGGCGAUAGUUCGCAUCCCCCUGAGACCGAACUUGCAAAAGAGCUGCAAGAAAUCCAGAGCCAGUUCGAGGCAUACAAAACUGAAACUGACGUCGAUUCUGGACGCCUGCGUGACCAGCUCGCCAAUUCGCAGCGUGAAGUAAACUCUUUGGGGGCUUCUCUCGCUAAAGCCAAUGCAAAGAUCGAAUACAUUUCAAGUCGUCUUCGCAAUGCCGAGGAACAAUUCGAGGUUCACAACCGCGAAAUCAACGAUCUUGGCAAGAGAAAUUCUCAAUUGCAUGAACAAAAUAUUCGGUUUGACAUUGAAUGCAACCGUCUCUCGGAGGAGCUUCAAGACGCCCUCGGUAGCUUGGAACAAUUCCGUAAUGAGUGUGCUAAUCUUCGCGCAGAGAAAAAAAUAUGGGAGAGCGUUCAAGGCAGACUCAUUGAGGAGAACCGCUCGCUUGCUAUGGAACGAUCGCACCUAUCCGAUCUCAUGAGCAAUGUCCAAAAGAUGCACAACGACUUGGAAAGGUCUGGUGAAAAUGAUCGUCGCCGUCUUGAAGGCCAAUUGCAGCUAUUAGAAAGUCAGACUCAAGACCUUCGUGCACAGGUUGUACAAGAACGUGAUUCACUCCGCCAUUUGACACUUCAGAAAGAUCUUGAGCUCAAAGAGCUUCAGAAUCGCCUUGAGAAAAAGUCCCAGGAAUGCUCAACUACCCGGGAAAGUCUUGUAGAAGCACAGACAAGCCGCAAGCAUCUUGAAGAAAAGGUAGAAGAUUUGGCCAAACAACUCAAAGGAAAUGAAGAAAAACUUGCUGUAUACGAGCGCCGACCUAGUGCAGCAGGUGCCGCCCAACCUGUGGACCAAGAUGCCAGUCGUGAGCAACAGCUUGAGACGGAAGUCGCAGAACUUCGCGCAACUUUGAAGGUCACUGAAGUUGACCUUGCAGCGGCUAGGAGUCACAGAGAUCAGUAUCAAGAAAUUAGCCAAGCAAGUGAAGCCGCUUUGGCAUCACUGAACUCAACGUUCGACGAAUAUAAAGCAUCCUCAGAAGCUCAAAUCACUCGUCAAGAGUCUGAAAUUAAAGCUCUGCAAGAAAGAUUGGACCAAGCUACUCAAGAACUUGCUACUAUUAGGACUCAACUCAAUGAUGCUCAGAAAUCGUUUGAAGCUGAGCGAACUUCAUGGAUCAAUGACAAGAAGACAUUAGAGGACACUAUCGUCGAUAUGAGUACUUCGGAGAAACAUUCGGAGAGUGAUCGAAACUCCAGGGAGCACGAACUUCGAAACCUCGAAGAUCGAGCUAAAGCUGCUGAAGAGCGAUAUUCCCAUGAGAUCAUUGCACAUGCAGAGUCGAUGAAAACGAUCGAAGGGCUCAAGAAAGAAGUAUCGAAGGGUCAAGCCGCUGUUCGCGAGCAUAUUACUGCUGCCGAAACUGCUAAGGCCAAACUUGCAUCCUCGGAGAAUAGCUGGAGGCAACAAAAGGAUGCCUUAGAUAAAGAAGUUGCUGAUUUGAACGCCCGCUGCCAGGACCUUUCACAGCAAAAUACGAUAUUGCAUGAACACCUUGAAUCUGUCAGCGCACAGGCGGCUCGUAUACGUCAAGCCGCUGAUGCUCCUAUCGAAACAACAGAAGGCGAUACCCCCGUUACUGACAAAAAAGUGUCAGAGUUGAUGUCUGUCCUUACAUAUCUUCGUAAAGAGAAAGGCAUAGUCGAUCUUCAACUUGAGAUGAGCAAACGCGAGAAUGAGGUUCUCAAAAGUCAGAUUAAUCGUGUCACCCAGACUUUGGAGGAGACUCGUGCAACACUUGCCGAGGAACGGGAGCGAGCAGUUGAAAAUACUGCUUCGGCGGCACAGCACGCGGAACUUGUGGAAAGGAUCAACCAACUCAACAUUCUUCGUGAGAGCAAUGCUACUUUGAGAGCAGAGUGUGAAAGUGCAUCGAAGAAGGCCCGCGACCUGGAAACCAAGCUCAAUCAACUUUCACAAGAGCUUGAACCGGCCAAAGAGCAAGCGCGUUCUGCGCAAGCCGAGCUCGAGAUUACGAGGGGGCAGAUGCAAAGGCUUGAACAGGAGUCAAGGAGAUGGCAAGAAAGAAAUACACAGCUACUCAGCAAGUAUGACCGAAUUGACCCUUCUGAAGUUCAGGCACUUAAAGAUGAGAUCGCCCAGCUUAAGUCAGCCUCUUCCUCCUCUGACGAGAAGGUCAAGGAGAAAGAUGCAGAAAUUUUAACCUUGUCCACUAGGAUUGAAGCAUUAGAACAGAACCUACGUGCCCACAGGGACAGUGCCAGCAAGAAUACGCAAGCGUUCAGGGCAAAACUUGGGGAACUUAACCAAGCGAAGUCAGCAUUAACGGAAGAGAAACGACAGCUGGAAGCAAAGGUGGCCUCUUUGGAACAAGAAUGCAAUGUUUUAAAGACGUCAAAACCCGAGGCUGCUCCAACAUCAACCGCUCAGACCGAAGAACUUCAAAAGGCGAAUGCUCUCAUUACAACACUGCAGGCGGAACGCGAUCGACUGCUUGCCGAAAAAGAGGCGCAGAGCAAAACGCUUACAUCUACUGAUGCUCAAACUCCGGCGGCCAACUGGGAAGCUGAAAAGGCUCAGCUUGUUCAAGCUCGCGAUGAAGCUAUCGAAAAACUCAAGACCGCCAAUGCUGAAGUGCAGAAAGCCAACAAUGAAACCAGAAGCAUUAAGUUCCAGAACGACAAAUUCCAAGCUCGUAUUCAAGAUCUUAUGAAAACUAAAGCUGCCGACGCUGAGAAACAAGCUGCUCUUGUCUCUGAAGUUGAAAAGGCAAAGGCUGACUUAGCCAGCGGUACAGAAUCUUCUGUUCAAGAAGAGCUAAAGAAACGCCAUGCCGAUGAAUUGAAAGCGCUGGAAGAUCAGCUUAAAGUCAAGCAUGAAGCAGAAAUGAAAGCUCGGAUUGAUUCUGCUGUGAAGGAAGCUCUCCAGUCACAACCACCGCCCCAGUCUGCUCCUACCGAUCCCAAAGACCAACAGGCGGCGAUAGAUGCUGCUCUUGCUCAGUACAAAAAAGAACUUGAGGCUCAACAUGCCGCGGAAAUCGCUUCCGCUGUUGAUCGUGGACGCAUGGAGGCGGCAACCAAAGGGAAACUCAAGGACUCUCAAUUAGUGAGAGCGCAGAAGAGAGUCAAAGAUCUUGAAGCGCAAAUUCAAGAAUGGCAAGCUGCUGGAAUUGUUUUACCGCAGAUCAUCGCCACAUCUCCUGCUGCCCCACCCCCCGCUGGCGCUCAAGCGACUCAAACGGUACCUACCGCACCCACGGCGUCGACUUCGGCUGCUACUACGACAGCCCCAGCUACCCAGGCCCCUCCUAAUGCUCCUCAGGCUCGACCAACGCCCGUGGGACCUGCUGCUACUGCGCCUAAUCCUCCUGCCAAUGCCAACGCUGCCAACCUUCCAAGACGACCUCCGAACCCUGCUAUGUCAGGUGCUUUAGGCGGAAGAGGAGGACCCAUUCGUGGCAUGGGAAGAGGAGGCCCUCCUCUUGGAGCAGGCCGUGGAGCACCGUUACGAACCGCACCUGUAAAACCCCAACCUUCUGCACCAAUCAGCGGGGGAGUAUCUAUUAUGGGCGCAGCGAAGAGGCCUCGCGAAGAACCAGCUGCAGCGACUGAGGAUUCUCUUGCAAAACGCCUCAAACCAGCAGAACCAGCAGCUCGUGCAAACACUCCUGUCAGGAGGCCACCUGGUGCUGAUCAAUAA